AUGAGUUCCAGCAAGUCGUCGCCAAGUGGCGGUAGCAAGUCGACAAACCCACCAUCCACCGUUCCCACUUCGGUCACCAACAAAUCAAAGAGGUCAACGCCCUACAACCGCGAUUUCGAACAGCAUCUGACAGACCAUGGCGUUCACGCAACGUCGUCCCUCUCGCCGUCCAAGUUUUCUGAUGGUGCCUUUGAGGCGUUCCAGGAAAAUAAUGCCCGGGCUAAAGACGAAGACGACGUGCUGGCUAAUGUGAUCCCGGUCAUCCUUGGUCCCAACCAGACCAUUCACCUAUCCGCAAGAAAUACGAUAUUUGGGAACCUGGAGCAGCUCACAGACGGGACAAUCGCACCCGCCAAGCCAGACAUUUACUACGGAACGUAUCCCGAAGAACUUUCUCGACCUGCUCGCAACGAGCUCGCUCGUCACAUUAUCCCGUCAUCCAUGCAGGACAAGCCCAUGGCGCCCAACUUCUUCGUGGAAGUCAAGGGUCCGGAUGGCAGCGUGGCUGUUGCAACACGACAAGCUCGCUACGACGGGGCGGUUGGAUCUCGUGGCAUGCACAGCCUACAGAACUAUGGGAGAGAGGAACCGCAGUACGACGGCCGCACUUACACCUUCAGUUCGACAUACCACAACGGCCAGCUUCAGAUGUACGCCCACCACCUCACGGCGCCGACCAUCGAGGGAGGGCCGCCGGAGUACCACAUGUCUCAGGUGAAGGCUUUUGCCUUGACGAACGAUCGCGACACCUUCGUCCAGGGAGCUACUGCAUUCAGGAAUGCGAGGGAUGUAGCAAAGCAACACCGCGAUGAUUUCAUCCGAGCUGCGAACGCCAAACCACCCCAGCAAACUGUCACAGCGCCCCAAGGUGACCCGAUAAGCACGAUCCAGUCUCUUCUCGACGACGAGAGCUCGGACGAGUUCGUCGACUGUACAGACUCCCCUCUCCCAGACACUCACGGCGAGUCUGUCGCUGGCGCUACGAAUGUCGACGAAUGCAUCCAGGCUUAUGCGCUCCCUGAGCUAGGCGAUUCGGCAACAAGCUUUACAUCUAGCUUCAUGUCAGGCUUCACCGCCGGCAGUGCAAAGCGAUCAAGGCAGCCACUAAGCCCUGACUCGAAGUUUGCUGCCAGAAGUCCUCCAUCUAAGAGUCGAGCCCUCCCAGGUAUUAGCAGACGAACACACAAGCCACCCGUUAUCGGUCUGUCGUCCACAGCAGAUGUCGCGGAGCAUUUGUGGCCCUGUUUCGACAACGAUGUUUUGUACGCCUCCUGUUUAUCAGGUGUCCUCGGCCCCUACUCCCUCGCUGAUUCCCCGGCCCGUGGUGUUGUCAGUCGCAUUAACGCUACCGACCCUGCCGUUGGAAUGAUGGAUCGCGUAUUGCCCGGUGUCUCAGGCAUAAGCGACCGCCACACUGGCCGUCUCCGUCAAAUCAGCGAAAUCACCUUCAGUGCAGCGUCCGACGUAGGCAACUUCUCGCCUACGACCAUUACUGACCCCAAUCUGCCCACCCACGGCGGAUUUGUCGUUUGA